UUUACUUGACUAGUUGUUUAAUUGUUGUAUAUUACUGAAAUUUAGAUUUUUCUACUUAUUAAAUAACCAUAACAUCGAUUUUAAAACUAAUUAUUAGAUUCACUGUAUUGAAUGUUGAUAAGUUCAUACAAUUUAGGUAAGAAUACAUCAUUAUAUUUGAAGUUUGAUUUGGCACUAUGUGGAAUAAAGGUUAGAACAGUUAGAAGAUGAAGUUAUUCGUCCCUAAGGUGCAGUUGAUGUGAACUACAAUUAACCAUGUAUUCUGAUGACACUGUUUAUGUUGGCUUAUUGGUUGUAUCAUUUUUAUUUAGCUUUUUAUUCAGAAAAGUUAAACACAAAAGUGUUAAACAAUGGAUGGCUACUGUUUAUGGAGCAAUUAUUGUACUGACAGUUUCUGGCUUACAUGUAGUCCAUCCGAUAAUUUGCACACUAGUCAAUUCAAUUUUGAUACAAAUCGAUAAAAGGCGUUGUCAUAUAUUAAGUUUCUUAUUUUCAUUUGGAUAUUUAAUAUUCUUUCGGAUGACAACAUAUUUUGGAAUACCAUACCCACCACCUCAUACUAACUUAAUUCAAAUGAUGCUUACUCUAAAGCUUGUUGGCCUUUCGUUUGAAGUCCAUGACAGUUAUCUAAUUAAAUUGAAACAAAAGGAUGCAAAAUUUGAUGCUGAAAAAAAAUUCAAAAUGAUUUGUCAACCUAGUAUUCUAGAAGUAUUCCAUUAUGCAUUUUGUUAUAUAGGCAUUUUAACAGGACCCUAUUUUAAGUACCGUACUUAUUGGGAUUUAUUUAAUCAUAAUUAUUGGAGAAAAGCUACUUAUAUUAAUUUAUUAAUUAAAAAAAUUCGUAUAAUUCCAACUUUAGUAAUUUGUUAUUUGGCAACUUCGUGGAUAUUUCCAUUAAGUGAAUUCAAAAAUGACUCUUUUUAUUCAUCAACAUCAUUAUCAUACAGAUUGUGGUAUAUGUACUCUUCAUUUUUUAUUUUUCGCACAAGAUUAUAUUUGGGCUUUAUUUUUUCUGAGCUUAUUUGUAUUGCUUCUGGAAUGGGUGCUUAUCCUGAAGUGACAGAUCCACAGUCUGGGAGUGGCCCUACUAAAAAUUUCGAAUCAUUAGAAACAGAAUAUUCUGUGAAAGGAGAAGCUUAUAAUUUUGAUUGUAUUGAAAGUAUUGAUAUUAUGAAAGUAGAAACUAUUUCAACAGUUCGUGGAGCUACUAGAAUUUGGAAUAUGACUAUACAGUAUUGGAUUGCUGAAUAUGUGUAUAGAAGAGUUCCUAUUAAAAAACUUAGAACAUUGGUAGCAUUUGGUAUUUCUGCAUUGUGGCAUGGCAUAUACACUGGGUAUUACGUUAGUUUGUGUUCAGUGCCUUUUUACUUAGCAGUGGAAGAUAUUUAUGAUAGGCAGUACCGUAAUUAUGCUGACUCCGCUGGCAAACGUAUAUUAUGGACAUUCUUCUUAUACACUAUGAAAAUGUAUCAGUUUUCAUUUUGGGGAUGCACAUUUCAACUGCUACAUAUCGACCUCAUAUAUAAAUACUGCCAAUCCAUAUAUUUUCUUCCAUAUAUUGUUUUGAUAACUAUGUAUGCCAUUUCUCGAUUUAACAACAUCCGGACUAGUUGACCAAAUAAAACUAUUUGGCCUAUUGCAGUCAACAUCAGGGAAAUCCUCUAAAGAACUUAGAGUCUGUUGUGUUAUAUUUUGUUUUGUUUUGGUAAAGUAUACCAUAAUUUUAAAAUUAAUGUGUAAGUUGUAUAUUUUUCUUAUAUCUAAUUGGCCCUUUACACCAAUGGGUUUACAUGAAAAGAAAAUACUGCCUUUUCACCUUGAUAUGAAAGACAUUUGUAAUAAUAUUUUAUACAAUCUAUACAAAUAUUUUUAAUUGCUAUUUGUAUUACGUUUAAUUUCAUAGAUAAGUGUAAAUACACUAGAUAAUAUACUCUUGGUUAAAAAAUAUAUUUACUUUUAAUUAUUAAUUAUGUGGCAAUAUAACUGUUAUGUUGAGUAAAAUAACUGAUAAUUUUGGAUAAAUAAUAUUAGAGAAUAUGUUAUGUGUUAUGCACGACCUUAAGUGCUGAUAUUAGAUUACAAUUUAUCUGAUUACACUUCUUAACAAAUUUAUUCCUUUAUAAAUUCUAUAACGUUUAUGUACAUUAAAACUUAAUAUAUAUUUUACGAAAUGUCUUUAUACAGUGUUCCUUUUAUAACAUUAAUAUGUGUAAUAUUUGAUAUAAGUUUAAAAUAUAAAUAUUAAAUAAAAUGUCAAUGGUUAA